AUGUUCCGUUUAUUUCUGUUGCAAACUACGAUAAUAUGUUUCUUUAUCUGGAGAAUCGAAAGUAUCCUUCUCUUUCCUGCGAGGUCGUUGUUCCAGGUAACUUUACAACUCGAGCCUACAAUAAUACCGGCCAGGCAGUCGAGGGAUCUGAAUCUGCAGGACACUUACGCGGCCAUCGAAAAUUUAUUGAAUCGGCACGGCUGGCAGGACGGUAGGGAGUGUCUUUUAAGGACCAUUUGCGAGCUCGCGGAGACACCAUUUGACAGGACACGUCAAGACGUUCUCGAGGAGGUGAUCCACUUAAUUUUAACGCCGAGCGAAGACGUGGCAGGGACUGCUAAUUCCAAUCACCAGAGCGUCGACCAAUUGUACAGGGAAGCGGAACAACAAGGAAGAUCCGGAGGCGACUGCAUCUUGGCCUAUCCCGAUUGCAUCGAGUCACCUCUCGAAACGUUCACGGAGAUCGCAUUUCCUUAG